AUGUUGAAAAUUUCGAUUCGAGGGUUCUCCACUUCAACUGCUGCUAGGACUCUUUUGGAUAGAGAACUCUAUCAAGAAAACUCCGUGGUACGAUUCAUCUUGAAUGAUAAAAAAAUGAACACUUUGUCUCUGGCUAUGAUAAAAGAGCUUUUCGCAGAACUGAAGGCGAUUGAUAAGAUUGAGAAGGUCCGAUCAGUAGUAAUUGCUCAUAAUGGAAAGUCGUUUUCUGCAGGACACGAAUUGAAAGAACUGACAACAGAAAGUGGGACCGACAAGCACAACGAGAUUUUCAACACAUGCGGUGAUAUGAUGAAUUUUAUUCGAAAUAUGAAAGUUCCAGUUAUUGCCGAGGUGAACGGCACCGCUGCUGCAGCAGGCUUACAGUUUGUUGCCUCCUGUGAUGUAGUUGUCGCUGGAAAGUCUUCCAGGUUUCUGGUUCCUGGCCAGAAACUUGGAUUGUUCUGCUCUACCCCAGGAAUCGCGUUAGUAAGAGCAGUACCAAAAAAAGUAGCCAUGGAUAUGCUUCUUACUGCACAACCGAUCGACUCCGAAGCUGCAUUGCGAGCUGGAUUAGUUUCGAGAGUUGUGGACGAUGAUCAGGUCAAAUUCGAGGCCCUCAAAGUUGCCGAGCAAAUUGGACAGUUCAGCCGUUCGGUAACAUCUCUUGGCAAAGCGUUUUUCUACACCCAAGCCGAAUUGGGAACAGCCGAUGCCUAUAGGUAUGGAUCCCGGGUGAUGGUUGGUAAUUUGAAGCUCAAAGAUUGUCAAGAAGGAAUCUCGGCGUUCAUUGGAAAGCGUCAUCCAGAGUUCGAGCACUCCAACGAUCUAGUUGAAGAAACCAAGAAGAAUUAA